UAUUAUUUGACCCAAUUCAUUCAUACAUAAACCGUUCAUUUGACAGACAAGGGCUACACCGAGUCCCCUUUCUUCAAGUCCGUUUUUUCCGAUUCUUUUUUUUUCUCAAAAAGAAAAAAAAGAGAGAAAAUUCAUGUUUUGAUACUCACGGCCCUCUUCCUUCAUCUAAUUCAUCUACAAUGACGACCGAACCAAUCGAACCGAUAGAACCGACAGAACUUCAAUGCCAUUGCUCGAAAUGCGGUGUGAUUUUUGUUCGACAUUCUCAACUCAAAGGACAUUCCAAAGAGUACCAUUCAGCCAAAGUUACUGUGAAUUAUCCAUACAGCGCUGCACCAACAGUUGUCUAUCGUAGAGAGGAUGGUACAUUUCCCUGUAUUUGUGGAGGAAGUUAUGCAACAUCGAGUAGUUUUCGACGACAUGUAAAGAAGAACAUUUGCCAAGGAGCACAACGGGCAGAUUCUUCCUCACUUUACUCAUCCAAUGACGACGAAAUUGAAGCGACCGAAGACGAAAAUCCAGAUGGAGAUGAUAUUGAAUCAACACUUGACAUGGUGGACGCACGACUACCUCAAACACUUAAAUGUCCUGCAGCCAGUACUUUGGAACCACUCGAACAGUCCCACCGAAGCUACGAACAUGCCAUUCUACAUGCCUGCGGUGUAAUGCAUCUAAGCCAAGACGAAGCAAAAAGACACAUCAAAUUCAUAGAUGCACUCGAUUUAAAACCAAUAGCCUUGAUAGACCAGGACGGGAAUGAAGAAAAUUGUUUAGUCAGCAAUGAAGUUAUCGAAAGGCUGUCCUCUACUCACUCAAACUUUUCAUUUCAUGAAGUAAACCCAACCAAGAAGAGAAAGAUCAGCAGCACAGACGAACUUGACGCUGAUACACCCCAGCAAGGGAUACAUUUAGACGCUUCUCUGUCGUAUGUCAUCGACAGCAGUCCUUAUGCCCAUACACUGCAGUCCGAAACCUACAUUGAAUUGAAUUCAGAGAUUUGCGAAUUAUUAAACACUGACUGGUUAAUGGGACCACAAUUAAGAUAUUUUUGUGCACAGGUGUUUGCAGGUGCUAUACUUCUUGAAAGCGAGACUGGCCAAGCUAUGCUAGUCAAUUCAAUCGAAGUGUACGGCAGAACAAUCUCGCAAGAUGUACACCGUGAACGCUACAUAUUCAAAGACGAAACACUACGCGCUUCGUCCCUGCCCCCAGUUGACUCAAUAUACCCUAACGUGUGUGUGUCUUACGCAAUGUACGCCAAAAAUCGCUCGCUCGUGAUUGGCACCAAGACAUUUGGAGGCUAUAUUACCUCUGGAGUAAUGCUUAAUGGCAAGAGCAUGCCUGAAAUAGGACCUUCAUUUUCACAGUUUGUUUUGACAAAGCAUUUGGCACGCAAUAUCAAAAUCUAUAUCAACAAAAAGUCCUUUGAAGAUGCCCAAAUUAUAGCCAACAACCGCGAAUCAAAGCAACUUUAUGGCUUUGCUAUUUUAUCUCAACUACGUAACCUCCGAUCGCUUUUCCACUGUCCCUCUACCUACAUUAUGUGUCGAGCAACUUCUAGGUUGAUGAACGACCACCCUACCCGCCCAUAUACGAUAUUUACUUAUGCCGACAGUGACAAGGUCCCCCUGGACUCGGAUGCCCGGGUGGCAUCCGAACUAUUUCAGACAGUGGCAUUAGCCGUACUCGAUGGAGGCUAUCAAGGUACUUUGGAAAAGAAUGAUGUUCUGAGACUACGAAAACGUUGUGAAGAAGGUGAAAUCUACGAUUGCCUUCAGAAUAUUCUUGAUCUUUAUCUCAUGGUGGAUGACUGUUCCUCUAUCUCUAUUCUUGGGAACCGAGCCUUGAACUUACAGCUUACUAACUGCGCAGAUUUGUUGUGGCCAUCGCUCGCAAUAGCUAAUGAAGCAGUUGUACAAGCUAUUGCAGACACACUUGAAAAAGCAUCUGUUUUUGAUACUGUAUAGUUUUAUUAUAUUUAAUUUUACUAAUAAAAAAACCUAAAUAUCCACAAU